UACGAUGGGCAGCACUGUUCACAACAGCUGACUCAGCCGGUACUCACAACAGCCGGCUGAUUAAUCGAUUACUUGUUCAUUGAACAACAGCCAAAACAAUGUUUGACUUAGCUGAAGCCUUUUCGCGACAGAGUGACUUAAUUCAACUAACAACCUAUGAAAAUGAAUUCGAGACAAUUAAAUCACUACAUACGCUGCCCAAAGACAAGCAGAGACAUUUCAAUGCGCUGACAAUACAAUUGCUGGACAACUUGGAGCAGCCGGCGAAUAAAGAAAGUUGCGCGCAAACUUCACGUUCCCUGAGGGAAGAAGGAAACCGCGUGUAUAAAUCAAAAUGUGACAAAAACGCUGCGGAAGCUAAGGAAUGUUUGUUGGCUGCCUGCCGCAUUUACACACAAGCCAUUCUAGAAGCGGAAGAUGCUUUGGAUGAGCUGGCUUUGGGUUUCGCCAAUCGGGGAAUGGCGCUCCAAGAUUUCGGCUACUUUCAGCAGGCAUAUGACGACUGCGCUUGUGCCUUAGAGUUUGGCUAUCCGCAUCGAUUGCAGCACAAGCUGGUGAUGCGACAAGCACACUGUGCUUGGCAGCUGGGCAAUGUGCAACAGCUGGCGGAGCACCUCUCAAUCCUGAAGAAAUUGCCGCUAAACGACGGCUAUGCAAAGCAAUUGGAGCAACUGAAGCAGCAGCUGGAAAUUCUGGAAGCAAAUCCAAACAACGAGCAGUUGCCUGCGAUCCCAGCAGUCCACCGAGUAAACCACAAAAUCUUGUCCACUCCUGCCAAAGGUCGCCACAUGAUAGCUACCACAGCGCUUAUGAAGGACGAGCUAAUAUUCACAGAACAAGCACAAUGCUUUGUGCCUAUCGAGCAGCGUUUAAUUUGCCAGCAAUGUGCCGCCAGCUUGCUGUGCGCUCCUAUUCCAUGUCCAGCGUGUCAUCAGCGCGUUGUCUACUGCUCGAGGAACUGUCGCCAACUGCAUGCCAAAAUACAUAGCUAUGAGUGUGGUGCGUAUCGCAGAAAUCUGCUCAGCAUGCUCGGUGUAUCCCAUUUGGCAUUGCGAUUGCUGGUGAAACAUCUUCCUGAGUGGAUGAAGCAACUGCCAACUGAGAACUCUCGCAAUGCUAAGGAACUGUGGCAAGCAUUGGUCUACCCAACUACGACAGAGGAUUCCCCAUCGCUGCAGAGUCUACGCAUGAUCACGCAGCUUCAUAAAGCACCCCAAGAGGAGUUGGUCUAUCAUGCGCUCUGCGCCAAUCUGCUGCAAGUCUAUCUCUUCAGCUGUACAAGCUUCUAUGAGGACUUAAAGAUGGCUAACCAGACUGAUUGGCAUCUGGUGAUUGCAGCACUCAUUCUACGUAAUGCUGGCCAGCUGCUCGUGAAUGGUCAUGUGGGCAAUGCUUUGGUAAUUCACGCGCUGCCCUCCAAUGAAUUUCCACUGCUGCAGCCUGACAUGUGGCAGCGUCCUUAUCACUUGAAACGGGGUUAUCUGCACAAAUUUUCUUCUCGUGAGCUCAUCACUGCCAUCAAUUUGCCGCUUUUGAGUCUUUGCAAUCAUGCCUGCAAUCCUUCGCUGCGCACCACUUUCGAUGGUUGCAUGGUGAACAAUUACGCUGCCUUUGAUAUUGCGGCUGGCGAGGAGAUCUUCAAUUGCUAUAGCUUGGAUUAUAAGCAUUCGCUGAGUGAGCAGCGUCAGCAGCAGCUGCUGGAGAUCUAUAAGUUUCGCUGUGACUGCUCCAAGUGUGUGCGUCCAGAAGCUGAUGCGGAUUAUUUUAAUUUCCAUCGCUAUCGCUGUGAGCAGUGCAAACAGAGCUUUGUGCCCAAAGUAAAUCUCAAUUGGUGGCAGCAAUCAGACGAAAUGUUAAGCAUCUGUUGCACAGCUUGUGAAGAGACACAGCAGCUUACCUGGUAUGAUCAAUUCCUACAGCUGUUGGAACGCUGUGAUGAGCCACGCGACCGUCGCAAGCUCUUCGAAGCAUUUGCUGCACUCAACACUUGGCUGCUGGAUUUCAACAGCCUCAAACUCAGUCUAGCCAAGGAACUAAUUGGAGGAUGCUUUGCAGCCAAGGAUGCAGGUGCAACUUUCGCAGACUACGAUUAUGCCGAGUUGUGCAAGAUAAUUGAGUUCGAGCUCGCUGGCAUUGCAGCACAAAGAGGCAGCAACUCUUUGCAGUACAUCAGCAAUGCGACCUACUUGCUGGACAUGAUUGCGUGGGGAAAACACAAAGCAAACGCUAAGCAGCUGCAGGCAAUGAGAAGCAGCUUCGCUUUCUUGGCCAAGGAAACGCGUGAGAUCUUUGUCAACUAUUACAACGAUUUUAUUGAGCAGUAA